UCUGGGCCGGGGAGGUUCAACAUUCCUGUCUAGUAUUCAGGGAAGGGCUGUGAGUAUAAAGACCCCAUGACUGGCCUAAGGUGGGACAAAAAGACUCCAGGCAAUCUCUAAUUUCCACUUCAGCAGAAAGAGAUCUUUGUGCCAUCAUGAGUCGUAGCCCAGAGAGGAUGUCUUCUUACCGCAGACAAUUUGAGGGAAGCCUGGCCUCAUCCUCUAUGUACCAAGUUCGAGUAUCCAGUCCUUCUCCCACCCGUAGGGACACCAGAUACCGAUCUGUUAGCCUCACAAAAAGUGCUGGGACAGUGGGACGCAGGGCUACCUCCAGCAGGUCCAGAAUGAGCAGCAGUGCAAACUUGGAAGCGCUGUGCUAUGGCAUGUCAAUGGGUUUUGGCCCCAAACUAGACUUAGAUGCUGCUGCAGCUGAGAACCAGGCUUUCAUGCAAACCAGAACCAGUGAGAGAAAAGAGAUGGUGGCCCUGAAUGAUCGCUUGGCUGUGUACAUUGAAAAGGUGAGGACACUUGAAUCGCAAAACAAACUGCUGGAAGCUGAAAUUGAAGCCCUGAGGAACCGCUAUGCCAGGCCAUCGGGACUGAGGCAGCUGUAUGAAACCCAGCUAAAAGAUCUCAAUAGGGAAGCAGAGCAGAUGAGAGUCCAAAGGGGUCUAGCAUUGGCAGCAAAAGAGGCAAUGCUGGGCCAAUUGGAAGGACUUAAAUCCAAAUUUGCAGAGGCAGUGGAGGCCAGGAAGCAAACUGAGCUGGAGAUUGAGGCUUUACGUCCAGAUGUUGACAGGGCAACCUCGGCAAGAAUCGCCUUGGAGAAACAACAGGAGAAUCUGGCAUUGGAGUUGAUGUUCUUACAGAGAGUUCACAAAGAGGAAAUAGAGGAGCUGAUGCAACAAAUCUAUACCACAGUUGCUAAGGUUGACUUAACUUUUGGCCUCCCAGACCUCGCCACUGCCCUGAGAGACAUACAGUCACAGUAUGACAGUAUCGCAUCCAAAAAUCUUCAGGAGAUGGAUGCGUGGUAUAGAAACAAAUUCCAAGAUCUGACCAAUGCAUCCAACAAACAUGCGCAAAGUGUGAGAAGUGUAAGGGAGGAAAUCGCAAGUUACAAGAAAGAUAUUCUCAACAAGGAACGUGAACUGGAGACCCUAAAGACAAAGAAUGAGUUUCUUGAGGCUCAACUCCGUGAUAUGUCACUGAAAUACAAAAAGAAAGAGGAGGACCUUCAGGAGCGUAUUGAUGCCAUCAACGUGGAUCUGAGAGUGACUAAGGAGAAGAUUGCUCUGCUAUUACGAGAAUACCAGGACCUACUUAACAUAAAGAUGUCACUUGAAAUUGAAAUCACCACCUACAGGAAAUUAAUUGAGGGUGAGGACAGUCGGCUGAGCACCAUGGUUCGUAAUUUGUCUUUGAAUGGAAAACUGCCCAUCACUUCUGGUCCAACACCUGCCAAAUGUGCCCCACCUGCAACUCCUACAGAUAAAGAAAGCUCAGACAAACCUGCAGUUACUGUGAUCGAGAAAGCACGCCAUGUUGAAGUGUCCUCCUCGGACACUCAGACAGACCUGGACCAGGCGACUGAGCUGUCAGAAAGAAAGACUGUCUUAAUCAGAACAGUUAAGACAGAUGAGGACAUUAUAGAAAGCGACACACAGGAGCGCACUAUCCUUAUUUCUGGAGCAGCGGACGACACAGAUGAAGAAUAAUUACCAAG